GCGCAUUCCCGACCCUCCGGGCGGCGGCGGCGGCGGCGGCGAGGCCCGGCGGGGCCGGGGCGGGACCCCACGAUGCCGCAGCUGGAACCGACGGGGGGGGACGACCUGGGGGCCCCCGACGAGCUCAUCGCCUUCCAGGACGAGGGCGAGGAGCAGGACAAGGGCGCGGGGCGCGGCUCGGCCCACGGGGACCUAGACGAGCUCAAGUCCUCGCUGGUCAGCGAGACCGAGAACCGCGGGGGCCCCGGCCCCGGGGGCGGCCCCGGCCCCGAGGCGGAGCGGCCCCCGCCGCCCCGGGAAAGUUUCCAGAAGCCGCGGGACUCUCUGGCAGAAGUGGUCAGACGACAACAAGAUGGGGGUUUUUUUAAGGGUCCCCCCUAUCCCGGCUACCCCUUCCUGAUGCUCCCCGAGUUGGGUAGCCCCUACCUCGCCAACGGAGCCCUCUCCCCCGGCGGCGCCCGCACCUACCUGCAGAUGAAGUGGCCGCUGCUGGACGUGCCGGCCGGGGCCACGCUCAAGGACAGCCGCUCGCCCUCGCCCGCACACCUGUCCAACAAGGUCCCGGUGGUGCAGCACGGCCAUCACAUGCACCCGCUGACGCCGCUCAUCACCUACAGCAACGACCCCUUCCCGCCGGGGUCCCCGCCCGGCCACCUCUCCCCGGAGAUCGACCCCAAGACGGGGAUCCCGCGGCCGCCGCACCCCCCUGAGCUGCCCCCCUACUACCCGCUGUCCCCCGGAGCCGUGGGGCAGCUCCCGCACCCACUGGGCUGGCUCGUGCCACAGCAAGGACAGCCCGUGUACUCCAUCCCUCCUGGUGGCUUCCGGCACCCCUAUCCCGCCCUCGCCAUGAAUGCCUCCAUGUCCAGUUUGAUGUCCAGCCGCUUCUCCCCACACAUGGUCCCACCGCCCACCCAUGGGCUGCACCCCUCAGGCAUCCCACACCCCACCAUUGUCUCGCCCAUCGUCAAGCAGGAGCCCACCCAGCCCAGCGCCAGCCCUGGAGGCAGCUCGAAAUCCCCUGUGGCAGUGAAGAAGGAGGAGGAGAAGAAGCCCCACAUCAAGAAGCCUCUCAAUGCCUUCAUGCUGUACAUGAAGGAGAUGAGGGCCAAGGUGGUGGCUGAGUGCACGCUGAAGGAGAGCGCUGCCAUCAACCAGAUCCUGGGCCGGCGGUGGCACUCGCUGUCGCGGGAGGAACAGGCCAAGUACUACGAGCUGGCGCGGAAGGAGCGGCAGCUGCACUCACAACUCUACCCGACCUGGUCGGCGCGGGACAACUACGGCAAGAAGAAGAAGCGAAAGCGGGAGAAGCUGGCGCAGCAGCAAAGCCACGACACGGACAGCUCCCUGCCCGCCAAGAGCAAGAAGCCGUGUGUGCCGUACCUGCCGGCCGAGAAGCCGUGUGCCAGCCCGGCCUCGUCCCACGGCAGCAUGCUGGACUCGCCCGCCACGCCGUCGGCCGCGCUGGCCUCGCCGGCCGCGCCCGCUCCCACCCACUCGGAACAGGCCCAGCCGCUCUCGCUCACCACCAAGCCAGAGGCCAGGGCUCAGCUCGCUGUGCAUUCCACCGUACUCUCCAGCAAAGCCUCCUCUUCUUCCUCCUCUUCCUCCUCCUCUUCCUCCUCCUCCUCCUCCUCCUCCUCCUCCUCCUCCAGCCUCAGCAGCCCGCCCUCACUCCUCUCCAGACCCAUCCCCUUCACCUCGGUGCCCCCCACGGCUCUCCUCUCCUCGCCCCCUGGCUCCAUCCCGGCUGCCCUGGCCGUGCUGCAGACGCAGCCCCUUUCCCUGGUCACCAAACCUGCUGACUAAGGGAGAAACCUCAUCCCCCCUGGUCCCGUCCUCCUGUCCCCUCCCCGCUGUACAUUGCAGAAGCCACAAUCAAGAUUCAAACGCAGCCAAAACCAUUAUUGGUCAAUAUUUGACCCUUUCUGAACUU